CAACAAAAGCAGGAAGUGAGUCGAGAGUGGGAUGGGGAAAAGACAAUUGUUAGAAAAGGGGGGGACGAACACGCCCGUCCUGAAACUAAAAUAAAGUGGACGGAGUGCCAACAUUACAUGCACCAACACCACAUAGGGAGACCUCAACAUUCAGGCUCAAGCCAAGGACUUCUACUCUUGUCCUGGAGGAUCAUUGUCUUGCAGAGUUUAGCUCUAACCCUAAUUAAGCGUGUCAAGCUAAUCAAGGCCUUCAGGAUUGUUAGAAAGCUACAGGAAGAUUUCAUCCACUGCUUGCACUUGCACCAUCCUCCCAAUGACAUUUUUUUUCAAUGGAAUGGAACAGAAUGUAUUCUCAGCUAUUUUUCUGAAUGUUGCCUUGACGUUCAGGCCUCACCGAACAAGCCAUUUUGAUAAAAGUUAGGACAGGUGUGUCCCUCACACUCAUUCAAGCUGGCUCUUAUUGACAUUUCUUAUCAUUAUACUAUAACAUUAUGGCUAUGCAAGAGCCAGGCAUGCCCAGUCAUUUGGAGCAUAUAGACACUUUUCAUCAGUCAGAAGAGGAACGCAAGUUCAAGUGUGGGGAAUGUGGACGAGGCUACAGGCAUGCUGGCAGCUUGGCUAACCACAGAAAAACACACAAGAUUGGCUCUUUUCAGUGUCAUAUAUGCUCAAGGAAGCUCUCCAAUGCACUGGCUCUCAAAAGCCACCUGCGCAUCCACACAUCUAGAAAGAAAUAUUCUUGCACAGAAUGUGGAAAGGCUUUUCGUCUGGCAUCUCAGCUGGUCACCCAUCAAAAGGUCCAUCGCAAUAAAGGGUCUCAUGUUAUGAUGAACAAUGUUGCAAAAAGUCAUAUUGAAAGCGGUUAUAAAGAUGAUGAUUUGCUACACCUAGAUGAUGUGGAUUUUGACAUGCCAGAUUUGCAGCCAGACAUGAAGCUGAAUAUUGCUCCAAUGAGCAGCCUUUGUAAUGAUGCAGAGUCCGAACACAUUUCAAACUCAACCCCAGAAAGUGACACAGCAGCUGAAGAUGAUGCUGGAGACAGGCCGUUUAAAUGUGACUCAUGUGACAAGACCUACAGACAUCAUGGCAGCCUCAUAAAUCAUAAGAAAACGCACCUAAUGGGAAUAUUUGAGUGUCCAAUCUGUUUUAAACAGUUCAAUAAUCUUGCUGCCCUUAAUAGUCACCAGCGAAUCCAUAGUAAAACCAGAGGUCGUCUCAGUGCACAGAACUCUAAAGCUGCCCUCACAGACUGCAAGAAAGAACUUGCCCCGCAAGUUAUGCCACAGAAUGGUGAUGCUAAUAUACAUUUUUGUCACCUUUGUCAGGUUACGUUUGCUAAUGAUGAUGAGUUUCAAAAUCAUAUUCUUUUGCACAACUCCUCUUCUGUGUCAUUUGAGCUCCCUACCAAUUUGUCAGAGGAGCACAAUUUCUCGUACAAUGACAGUGUUACUCAUUCCCCGGAGUCUAAUCCUUAUCCCCCCUCUAGUGACACUCCACCAUUGCCUCAGUUACUCAAUAAAGUUGUUCAUUAUGACCAAUCAGAUGGGCCAAUGGAAAAUGGUGAUGUGUAUCUACCUAACUCUUUGGAUGACAAUUCAUUGAUCGUACAUGCUCAGGGACAGCCUAUGGCCCUACCACCAGAGGACCUCAACCGUGAUCAUUCAAAACAAUGUCCUGAUAACAUCAAAGUAGAAGAAGAUGACUGUUCUGGUCGCCGCUUCAGGUGCCACAUUUGUGGCAAAAGUUACAGGCAUGCAGGCAGCCUUAUAAAUCACAAACGAUCCCAUCAAACCGGGAUCUUUCAGUGUUCCAUUUGCCGCAAGAGCUACCCACAUUUGGCGGCUCUGCGAAGCCACCUUCGGAUUCAUAAGGGAAGACCCGCAUCUUUGCCUGCUAGUUCUGAGGGUGACUGGCUUUCCUCAGAACCCUUAACACAUGAGAACCAACAGGGCUGCUUUUCAUCGCAUGAGGGAGAUGUAAGUGAAAUAUUAGGGCUUCCUCAUGACCUGGUAGACUCUGCACAGGGUAAAUCAGACGAGGAGUAUGUGGACGAGACAAAUGCUACUGAAUUUCAUGAGCAGUUUGACAAUUCCUUCCCAGAUGAGCAACUACCUCAGGACGAACACCUCAUGGAGAGGCACAUGUGUGCAGACUGUGGUAAGACAUUUACUGAUAUUGCAGGUAUCAAGUCACACACGUGUCCCCACCUGAUUCAGCAGUAUCAGACCAUGACGAACAACUCAUCUGGUCACAUGGACUUUCAAAACACAAAGCAUCAGAAUUUUUUAGGAGAGUCAGGUGAGGAUAUUUGUUUUGAGGAACACAAUGGCAGUACAGCUGAGGCCUAUUUUAGACAGCAGACCUUUCAUGACAACAUUCAUGGACAAAUGAGUGACAGUGAAGAUCAAGCUGAGUGUGAAGAGGACGAUGGAGAGAUGUAUCAGUGCUCAGUUUGUGGGAAUCACUAUAGUAGCAUGCGUGCACUGCGAAGCCAUCUCCGAGGUCACACUCAAACCCAUGCUGCACCUUCAGCAUCUGGCCCGUCAUCUGUGUCUUCUCUAGAGGUCAAGAGAGAUGAACAGACUGAAAAUCAGCAGAGUGAAUGCAGUCUGAUUAUCUGUAGCACUUGUGGAAAGAGCUUUACAAAGAAACAGGACCUACAAGCCCACCAGCUCUUGCAUAUCAAUAUUGAAGGUAAUACGCCAGAUCAAUUUGUAACAGACAACCAGAAUGAGCUCAAACCAAAAGUGGAAAUGGAAGGUAUUAUUUGUGGGAAAUGUGGCAUAAGCUGCAGCGAUCUUUAUCACCUCAAUAACCACAAUUGCACAGGACAACGAGAUGGACAAGUGGGGGAGAAAUGUGUGGAGAAACCGCUUCUUAGAAAUACAUUUCAACAAGAAAUUGUACAGGAUAGUCCACAUGAAGGAGAACGACAGUACAAGUGUGACCAAUGUGGCCGUUCAUACAGACACGCUGGAUCUUUGCUCAAUCAUAAAAAGUCUCACAAAACUGGAGUGUUUCGCUGCUUUGUUUGCCAAAAGCGUUUUUAUAAUUUGUUGGCCCUCAAGAAUCACCAGAGGACACACUUCGAUGUUAAAAAGCAUAGUUGCACAGAAUGUGGGAAAGCAUUCAAAAUCUAUAAACAACUAUUGAACCACCAGAGGGUACAUCAAGAAAACAAGGCUAAGAUUGAAGAGCUCAACAAACAAAUACAGACACUCAUGCAGAUGAGUGGAAAUGCCUCAGGGAGUGGAAUGCAGGCACUUCAUUUUGGCAGAAAGAGAAUAAGCAGACGCCAUAAGCAACGGCAGACCUCUAACAGUGAUAAGUCUAGCCAAGAAAAGGGCCCGAUAGGAGAUCCUAAGGACCCUCGGCCUUUUGUCUGUGAUCAAUGUGGGCGAAGCUAUCGGCAUGCAGGAAGCUUGGUUAACCACAAAAACUCUCACAAGACAGGUGAAUAUUACUGUGCUUUGUGCAACAACACUUACUCCAACCAGCUAGCAAUGAAGAACCAUUUACGAAUACACUUUGCUGUCAAAAGAUACCGCUGCCAAGAAUGUGGAAAGGCCUUUAGAGGAAACAAACAGUUACUCAACCACACUUGUUCGACCAUUAAAAGGAAUUCAGCAGCAAGAAGAAAGGUCAGGGGCCACAAACAAGAAAAUAAUUUAAAAUGCAAGAAUUGCCGUCUUGUAUUUCCAGAUAAUGAACUACUUGAAGGACACACCUGUCAAAAAGAGACUGUCUCUGAUUCUGUCCCCCCAGGAAAUGUAGACCAUAUGGCCCUAGGAAAAGAGGAACGACCAUUCAAGUGUAACAUUUGCAGUCGAAGUUACCGUCAUGCCGGUAGCUUGUUGAACCAUAAGAACACUCACAAAACAGGGCAUUUUACCUGCUCCUUCUGUGCCAAGCCCUUUUCCAAUCCCAUGGCUUUACGAAACCACACACGCAUUCACACGCAGAAGAAAAAGUAUGUCUGUCCUACUUGUGGUAAAGCUUUUCGUCUCUCCAGUAUCCUGUACAACCAUCAAAAAAUCCAUGCACGGGGAGCGACUCAUUACAGCUGCCAAACGUGUGGUAAAAGGUUCCAGGGAAAGUCUGGGCUAAAGAGACAUCGCUGUUACCGAAAUGGAAAUCCGAACUCCACUGUAAAUCAGGAUGGUGUGGACAAAUGCUAUACAUGUGAUCAAUGCGGACGCUCUUAUAGACACGCCGGUUCCCUUCUCAACCACAAGAAGACUCAUUCUGCUGACCUCCUGCACUGCACUCUCUGCCUCAAAACAUUCACAGAUCCUCUGGAUUUAAAGAGCCACUCUCAAAUGGCACGCCACUGCUGCCCAGAUUGCGGGAAAACCUUCUGUGAGUUUUCACACAUGCAGAGCCACAUGGAGGUGCAUACUAAGGGACUCCCCUAUUACUGCAACAUAUGUCAACAGAACUUCCCAAACCUGGCUAGUUUUCAGCAGCACCAGGAGCUCCAUGGCAGCUUACAAGGGCAGUCGCACCAUGAGCAAGGUAUGCAGCAGGAUUUAGACUGGGACUCUACACUGGACCAGCAGAUAGGAAUUCAAAGCCUUCCUAAGAUCGAUUCUGCUUUCAGCCGAGUACAUGGAUUUCCUGAGCCACAAGACCAGCAGGAAAGUAGUGAGGAAUACGGUAGGGAGGAGAAGAGUCAUGUGUGCGAGCACUGUGGGCGCACUUAUCGCCACGCUGGUUCACUGCUCAACCACAAGAACAGCCACAAGACCGGCUCCUUCUUCUGCUCGGUCUGUCAGAAGGAGUUCACCAAUCUCAUGGCACUGAAGAAUCACCGGCGCAUUCACACAGAACCCAAACGCUAUCAGUGCCUGGAGUGUGGCAAAGCCUUCCGGGUCUCCACCCAGCUUAUCUGCCACAGGCGCAUCCACACCAAAGAGAAGCCCUUCUCUUGCCUCCUAUGCGACAAACGUUUCUCUAGCAAGUCUAACCUCCGGCACCAUCAGAAGAUGCAUCAGAAUACCCAACAGACCUACGAGUCCUCCUUUAAUAUGGAUGAUAAUACAUUAAUAGGACUGGGUGUGGACCCUUUCCUCUGAGGCCUCACUUCAGUCUCGUCACCCCAAGGGAAGAUUUCAAAACAAUAUUCUAUUACAAGAGGAAGACUCUCUCCACUCAAGGCCUAAUGCCAAUAAUCGUACAACAUCAGGUUUUUUGCAGUGCUUGUCCAGAUGGUGUCGCACCCAGAUGCUAAUCUCGGCGAGGCUUGCCUCCUUUACUAUUGUGUUUUUAAAUAUAGUUCUUCAAAGGACACUUAAAGCUGACAUUGAUAAGAUACUACCUCUGGUAGGAACAGUAAUACCGUAGACAUUUUAGAAUAAGUGGCAGUGCCUGUCAGAGACCAUUUUAGAUUUUUUUUUUUUUUCUUCAUUUGUUUUGUGUUCCCACACAGUGCACAAAUUGUAUGGUACUAUGAUCGAUCUCAGACUGAGAGCUUGGAUGAGUAUUUCUGUCCAAACUCUUACCCAGUGCUGCCUUCAAGAGUCCGACCGAUUAGUUGGUGUAAUCGGAAGGGGAACAGAGAAUGGUGUUCUGUUUUUUGUUUUAUAAAAAAGGUUAUUAUGGGGGUAAAAGGAUAUGUGCUAUCCUUUUCAUUAUGUUUGUAUUAAGUGCUUCCGUUUUCAAGUUAUUGUACUGCUCAUGGUAGAUUUGCUGUCAUCACUUCUUCUCAUUAAGACCACUGUACACAUGAUGUUCCUGCAGUUUCAUAAUGGAUGACACUGAUAAAGCUGUUAAACAGCAACCUACCCUAAGGCCUGUCCUGUAGAAAAUCUCAAAGAUAUUUAUUUAUUUAAAAAUAACCAUUUAUACCUUAAGCAUAUUUCUUGUCUUUAUUACUGUUAAAUGUGGUACACAUUAUGCAUGGUAUUAAAUGUGUGAUUAAAGCUAGAUUGGUUGAGUAGGUAGGUAUUUUAGAUAAUGGUUGUAAACACUUAAGAAAUACCUCUUUACCUCUUUAAAAUCAUUCACAGCAGUGUAUUUGAAAGAACAACAGAAAUAUUUCCGUUUUCUUAGCGUAUACUUUUAUACUAAAUGUUUUAUGAAGUGGAAGUAUAUUCUUCCCAAGAUCAUAUUGGAGCACAAAAAAUUUUUUUAAAUCAACCUAAAAAUCCAUGAUCGGUCGGGCUCAAUUAGGGUAGAAAUUCAAAGACUAAACGUUUUGCGGCAGUUUUUUUUUUUUUUUUUUAAAUGCUCAGGUCUUGCAACUUUACUAGACGCAAUGUAAGAAAACACAUUUAGCUUGAUGCUUCUGGCAUCAAGGCUUCUAUGUCUGUCUUUAAUGUCAGAUUGAAUUUCAAUGUGCCAUUUCAUAUCACCACCCUACUUGGAUUAGACUUAUUUGUUAGAUGGUUUCCUUUUAAGCCUAUAGAUCAGUGCUUACUGAUUAUUUAAGAGUAGGAGUUGCAAACCUUUAUGUAUUAAUGGCUUCAUUAGAACUUAAACUGACAAUUGAGACUUCAUGUAAUCAGAUGCAUAUAUCUUAAAUAUAAAUUAUUUAUUUUUGUUCACAUGAUCAAUGUUUCUUUCUCAAGUAGGGACCUAAAUAAGCAGAUGAUGUUUAUUUGUAGGUGUUGAUAACCUCACUUUCUUGAACUGAAUAAAAACAGUAUAACAAUG